UCAUUCUUAAGAACCUCAGAAAAUUUCUCCAAGUUAUCCACACUUCAACAAAAUCUAAAUCCACCAUUUUCCUUCACAAUAUUAUUAUUACAUACUUGUUGUUCAUACAAUAGUUUUUUCCCAACCAAAAAAAUAAAAUAAAAUCUUGUGACAUUUUAUCAUCAAAUAUUAUGGCUUUAGAAAACUGUUUACAGUUGAGCACAUCAGCAAGUGUAGGAACAGUUGCUGUUAAAUCUCAUGCUCAUCAUCUUCCACCAUCCAAGCUUGCUCUCCCGAGUUUUCGAUGUAUAAAGAGAUCGGUUCCGGCAUUGUCUUCAUCGGUUUCGCCUUCUUUCGUGUCGUCCCCUCGACGAGCACGGUACUCUAGCGUUGUUUGUAAGGCUAGUGAAGCUGUUAAGCAAGUUCAAGAUGUGAAUGACUCAAGUUGGAAAGAGCUAGUCCUAGAGAGCCAAGUCCCAGUGAUGGUAGACUUUUGGGCACCAUGGUGUGGACCUUGCAAGCUGAUUGCUCCGGUGAUCGACGAGUUGGCGAAAGAGUACACCGGGAAGAUUGCAGUUUACAAGCUGAACACAGAUGAAGCACCAAGCAUUGCUACACAAUACAACAUAAGGAGCAUUCCAACAGUGUUGUUCUUUAAGAAUGGAGAAAGAAAAGAGAGUAUUAUUGGUGCUGUGCCUAAGUCUACUUUGACUGAUACCAUUGAGAAGUAUUUAGCUUCUUAAAAAACAGAAAAUCUAAGUACUAAUUAAGAUUAAAAGAUCAGUCUUUUUCUAAAUUAUGAACAAAAACUACUAAGCAACUUUAUUUCAUAAGAGUUGCUUUUAGUAUUUGUAUAUCAUCAUUUGUUGAUAUUAAUGUGAUAUCUUUGAAUGUUUAGAAAAUAUGUUAAUUAUGAUACUCUUGUGAAUUA